AAGUUUGUAAAGCAAACAUGGAAACAACGUUUACGGAUUUAAUUCAGGAUUUCCAUAGACAAGAUACUGGAAGACACUCAAUUUUUAAUCCAAUAGUUAAAGACAAGAUUAUUAAUUAUGAAAACGUAAUAAAUUUAUCAAAAGUUGAGGAUAAUUUGAACAAAGGACUUUAUAUAUCAAAUUACUGGAUGUUUAUUGAGGAUGUCAGCAAAUGUUUUGAAUUUAUUUUCAAUAAUUUUAUCAGCAGAAUGCCAAUUUAUGUAUUGGCAAUAGAUUGCAAGCAGCAAUUUGAUUGGAAAAUAGACAAAUUUAUGAAGAGAAGAGGAUAUUGUUGCGGAUUUUGGCAUGCAAGAAAAUCAAAGAAAAUUCAAUGUUCAGGUUCAAGGAAGUGUAUAGUAAAACCAAAUGCUGCUUAUUUCAGAUACGGUUCCUGGGCUUUUUGUGAAAAGUGUUUGAGAAAAUUUCCGAGCACAGGCAUCAAAUUGGGCGAUAAUAUAUCCGUCAAUAAAGCAGAUUUUAAAUUCUGCUUCUACACCAAUGAGGAGUCUGAAGAUUUUGUAUCAUGUACUAAAUGCAAAAAGUUAUUUCACGAGCGCUGUGUUCUGCACAUCAAGCAAUCAGGAAUACCAUUUUAUUGUCAAAGAUGUAGAAUUGGAGAACCAGAGCUGAAAAUAAUCAACAUCUCUUCGGAACAGAUUGCAAAGACAGAAUGUGACACUUAUAUCGAAAAUUUCUUAAGACAGCACAAAAUUCCAAAUUGUGUUAAUAUUGUAGUAAGAUUGGUAAGCAACGUGCCCACAACUUUCACCAUAAAUCCUGUCAUUGCCAAGUAUCAAGAUAAAAAUUAUGGACAUGAAAUAAGUUAUAAUAAUUGCGUCAUUUUCGUCUUUCUCAAAUUAUCCGAUGGCACAGAAAUUUGUUUCUUCGGAAUAUAUUUCCAGCUUUAUGGUAACUCGAAGUGUCCAGUUCCAAACAAGAAUUCAGUAUAUCUUAGCUACAUUGAUUCUGUCAAACUGUGUAUCGUUAAGGAACGAACAAAAAUCUAUCAAUUUAUUCUACUCGGAUUAUUUAAAUAUUUAAAGAUGAAAAACUUUCGACGAAUAUUUAUUUGGAGCUGUCCACCAAAGCGUGAUGUAGACUAUAUUUUUCACGAGAAACCAUCUGAUAUGAAGAUGCCAACAAAGGGGAGAUUAGGAGAUUGGUAUAAAAAAUUAAUGAAAUUGGCAGUUGAUGAACAUAUUGCAGAAUCAUUUAGUGGAAUCAAGAAGUUUGCGGACGAUGAGAAUUGGGAAGAUAUUAACAAUAUUCCUUAUAUUGAUUCUGAUAUGUGGCCGAUUAGACUUGAAGAAGCAAUUAUUGCUGCCGAAAAGGAUGCUACGACUGACAUAAUGAAGAAAAUAAAUGAGCUAAUGGAAGAUCAAAAGAUUGGUUUCGAUAAACAAUAUUUUGUGCUGCAUCUUAGCUCAAAUUCAACAUUAAUUAAGGCUGAACUUCCUGAAGUUAUAAAAGGAAAGUGGAUAAACAACAGAAAUGAUCUAGUGGACAUGUUUUGGGAAAACAAAUUAGAAUAUUCGAACGAAAGACUUGCAAAAUUUAGCACAAAAGUUGUGCUUUAUAGAAUGUUUGCAGACGACUCUAUCUGCUCUAUUUGUGGCAAAUUUUCUGAAGAUGGUGUCAAUCUAUUUCUCUUAUGCAAAUCUUGCGUUAUGGGAACUUGGAAGCAGAAAAAUCAGCUAAAAGAAACUGAUUGUUCAAUCUCAGAGUCUUUUAACUCAGAAGACGAUGCUAAAAUUCAACAACAUUCGACAUGUGAGAAUAUAACAAUAAUAGACGAAAUAAUUGACGCUGAUCAAUCAAACAUAACUGAAAUAUUCGAUGAUAUCGUCAUGGGCGAAGUAUUCGUUGAUCUAACAUGCGAAGAAAGAUGUAAAAAAUUGAGUUUUGGAGAUUUUAUUGAUCUAACAAGAGAUGAUUCUGAUUACGAAAUAAUAGAGCCUGUACAAUAUGCUACAAUUGAUUUGUGCAACUAA